AAGGAAUUGAAUUGAAUCGUAAGUAGGAUUCUAUCUUGUAUAAAUUGAAGAACGUGCCAACCAACUCAUGAAAUUGGAUUCCAAAAUAAGUAUAAUUAUAUUAAUCCUGAAAAAAAGAACUAUAAAGCCUUCAGAUUUGGAACCAUUUAUGAGUGUGUGACCAUAGGAGCAUAGACAAAUGAGGAAUGUCUUUAUACAGAUUUCAGAAUAUAAGAAUUAAUUUCCAAUACCCAAAAAUAGAAAAAAUGUAUUCACUCUUUUAAUUUUCUUAAUCUACAAUCCUCAAAUAAUAAAUUAGCUAUCAGAUCUUGACCAUAUGCUUAGAAAGAAUGAAUUUUUUUGCUAGUCUUAUGGUCAUUAAAGAUUUGAAACACUUUUUUUUUUUUAAUUUUUCUAAAAGAGUGAGAGAAGGGGGUUUUGUGGUUUUGUUGGGGAGGAAAGAGUCUUUAGAUUUCUGUUGUGAUUUGUUUUUUUUUUUAAGUCCCAAAUAUAUUGCUAGUCUUAUGGUUAUUAAAGAUUGAAUUUUUCAUAAAGGAUUCUUGAAAUUUUGUACAUUUAAUAUCUGGUUUGUCUUAGUGAGUGAGUGAGUGAUUACAUUGAUAUGGGAAUUGAAAGAGUCUCCUUUUAUUGUGGGUCUGAUCAUUUACUUCCCAAAAACCAUAAGUAUUUCGAGAGGUAGUUUCUUUGCUUAAGGUAUUUUUUAUGGCUAAUGAUAGUGAAUACAAGUUGGAUCCCGGUCCAUUGGAAUCGAAUGUAUUAACGGGACAACUUACUCAUAGAUCACAAGAUAUAUGGGAAGGAAAUGUUAAUAUGAUUCUUAAUACGAGGAGAGAAGAUGGAAAUUUUUGGAAGCUCAUAGAGAAAUAUCCCAUCCAUCCACGAGUUCUUGAAGUAAUUAGGUUAUCUGGAUUAUAUGGUGUUUACAAAUCUAAUCGGCCUGCUAUUGACCGUAGUUUGAUCACUGCACUAGUUGAGCGUUGGCGUCCCGAAACUCACACUUUUCACUUUAGAACAGGCGAAGCAACAAUUACCUUGCAGGACGUAGAGGUGUUGUAUGGAUUACCUGUGAAUGGUGAUCCAGUACUUGGUAAUGAAAUGAUAAGGACCAUAGAGGAUUGGCAAAACAUUUGUCAAAGAUUAUUAGGUUUUGUUCCUUCUCGUGAAGACUUCAAAACAAAUUCCAUCAAGGUCGCUGCAUUUAAUUCACACAUGUUAAGCCAGCCACAUUUGUCGAACAUGGCAACACAAGAUAUGGUUAAUCAGAAGGCAAGAUGUUUCAUGUUCUGGAUGAUUGCAGGUAUGAUGAUGGCGGAUACAUCUGGUGGUUAUUUGAAGCUUAUGUACCUGCCUAUGCUCGAAGACGUCGAUAAAAUUGGAUCUUAUAGUUGGGGGAGUGCGACCUUGGCAUACUUGUAUCAUUUUCUUUGUAAAGCUUCACAGAGUACCCAAAAUGAGAUAGCCGGAUUUUUGCCACUACUUCAGAUUUGGGCGUGGGAGAGAGUCACUGUUCUCCGUCCUCAAAUAGUAGCCCACAGAGAUGCGAGAACUAUUUGUCAUGUUGGUUUGCCUAGGGGUCCGCAUGCUACUAGAUGGUUUGCACAUCUUAGUUGGACGAAUACUACCAAGCAUGUGUUGAAAGUUUAUAGGGAUGCACUUGACUCUAUGAUAGAAGAUCAGUUUAUUUGGGAACCGUAUUCCGAUGACUUAAUUGAGAGUCUUCCUCUCUAUUGUCAUGCUGGACGAGACAUAUGGCGAGUUAGAGUUCCAAUAUUUUGUUGGGAUGUGGUCGAGGUUCAUUUGCCAGAUCGUGUUAUGAGGCAAUUUGGACUACAACAAGCUAUACCAACUCCGUUUCCAUUUGAUUCCAACCACUUUCGCCAUGAUCGUCGAGGAAGACCAAAUACAAAUUGGGAGUUGGAACAUGCACAUUGGUUAUCAUUUUGGAACCAACGUCUCCAAUAUAGUUGUGAUGCACCGGUUAAUAAUGAACCACUUCGCUAUGAUGAUCCAUAUCUUAUUUGGUUCAGGCGCAUUACUCGUCUUGUUAUUGGUAAUCCUAAUUCACGUCCUCAAAAUCAACAAGGUUAUGUGCCUAAUUCGACGGCAUAUGAAACUAUGGUGCGUCAUAUUCAUUCGAUGGUUGAUGAAGCUAAAACACUUGGUGAUAAUCCAUCAUAUGAGGCCUUAUACAUGUUUAGAAAAAUGGUGCGAGAUCAAGGUUCUGAUUGUUUGAAAUAUGUCCAUGAGGCUGACAGGGUUCAUGUGUCAGCCGAUUAUAGAAGAGAUGUGGUACAACCUGUCCAGUUACAUCACCCAGUUCGUAGGCGAGGAAAAGGUGGUGUUGCAGGUAGGAGAGAACGUGUUGUUGAAAGAGCACAAACACAUGUUGAAAUAGAUCAGGCCACACAAAAUGUCCAAGAAGCCUUAGAAGAUGAUCAAGCAACAUCCAAUUAUAAUAUUGGUUCUAUUUCAGGAGGUUGCACUCAUGAAUUCACUCAGGCAUCAAAUAUGACAUAUCAACUGUCAGAAACAGAUAUCAUGCCAUACGUGACGCCACAGACUCUACAAAUAUCAAGUCAUCCAAGUCUUUCAUCACUUGAGAAUGUCAUUGGUAAUUUUGAGAAUGUCCCAAAUUUUAACUCAUCGCCUGUGCCUCUGAUCAUUGAAACCCCUGAUGCCACUAAUAGUUUAGAGGACCCGAAUCAUGAUGUGGACGAUAAUGAUCCAAAGGAUGCAAAUGAAGGCGGUGAUACGACUAUUCAAAAUAGUGAACCAUCAAGGAGGGAGAAGCGUAAAAUUAAACUUAAGCCUUGUGGGACUGGCGGUCACUAUGCUAUCCAACAUGUCCAAAAAAAGAGAGCCAAGAAUAAGUAAUGAAAAUUGAUGUUGCUGAAAUCUUUUGGUGUUGCUGAAACCUUUUGGUGCUGCUGAAAAUUGGUGUUGCUGAAGCCUUUUGGUGCUGCUGAAAAUUGCAGCCAGUACUGCUGAAAAUUGGAGCUGCUGAAACCUUUUGUGGCUGCUGAAAAUUGCAGCCAGUACUGCUGAAAAUUGGAGCUGCUGAAACCUUUUGUGGCUGCUGAAAAUUGCAGCCAGUACUGCUGAAAAUUGGAGCUGCUGAAACCUUUUGUGGCUGCUGAAAAUUGCAGCCAGUACUGCUGAAAAUUGGAGCUGCUGAAACCUUUUGUGGCUGCUGAAAAUUGCAGCCAGUACUGCUGAAAAUUGGAGCUGCUGAAACCUUUUGUGGCUGCUGAAAAUUGCAGCCAGUACUGCUGAAAAUUGGAGCUGCUGAAACCUUUUGUGGCUGCUGAAAAUUGCAGCCAGUACUGCUGAAAAUUGGAG